AUGUUUUAUAUUGAAAUUCUAUACAGGAUAAUGAUGAAAGAUACAGAAAAUACUAAUUCGCCACUUCAAGUGGGUGAUAUAUUAGCCGAAUUCUUUGCAAAAAAAAUGGACCAAAUGACAGAUAUCAAAGCAAAUAGUAGAAAAAGAAAGCACAGUGAUCAAAAUGAAGAAAAACAUAGUAAUAAAAGGAGUAAAUUAGAUAUUAGUGAUUCAGAUAAUUUAAAAAAAGCAAACUCUUUAUGUGUAACUAAUGCUUCUCACACAAGUAAAAAUGUCUUAAGUCCGAAAUCUGAUCAGGUUCCUGUUACUCAGACAAUAAGUAAAGAAGUUAAUAUUUCAGAGCAAAAAAAGGACAACGAUUGUGUUAAAUCUAAAACAAGUGAUUUGACAAAAACUUCUAACGAUUUAAAUAAUGGAGACAUUAAUUUAUCUGAAACAGCAAACGUUCAAAACAAAGUAGAAAAGAGUAAGCUAUCAUCUGAUCAUCUAAAUAUAAUUAAUACAAUCUUAAUGGAUUCGAUAAACAGUAAUAAUUCUAUGAUUAAAAAAGAAAAGGAAGAUAAUGAUAUUAAGCCAAAAGCUCUAAAAGAGAAACAAGCAAUAGUUUCAUUAGAUUAUUUUAACAGUAGCUCUUCGGAUGAUAAAACAGAAGAAGAAAUUUCUAAUGUAAAAGAAGAUAAAUCCAGUGAUACAAGUAAAAAGACAGUAGAAGAUUCGAAAAUCCAAUCCGAAACUAUUGUUGAAAAGAAUUCAAAACCAGUAGAGGAAUCAUCUUUGUCAGAUGUAAAGAAAACUAAUAACGUCAAUGAAAAGUCAAAAGAAGACUCUAAACAGACAUCAUCAAAAUCUAAAGGAAAAAUUGUAAUUAAAGAUCUAAAGUCUAUUCAGAUACCUCAGAAACUGGAGCAAGAAAAACCUGAAAAAGUUGAUAGUUUGGAAGAAGGUGAAAUCACUUCUAAUACCGAGAAAACUUCACUUUCGUGUUCCUUCGAAGAAUCAUCUGGGGAAAUUUCAGACACUCCUAAAGAAAAGAAGAUUGUAAGAAAAUCAAAUAACGAUCAAGUUUUAGUUAUUGGUGCUGGUGUUACUUUGCAUGAAGCAUUGAAAGCUGCCGAUGAACUUUCUCAAGAAGAUCUCCAUCACCAUCCAGAAAAAGACCUUAUGAUGCUCGCGAAAAAAUAG